CGCUCCGUCGAGCGCGCGAACGUUGAAACGGUCCGCGAAUUGUCAACAAGUGGGGGUUAAUACCUACUAUCCGAUUAUAGUGGGUUCGAGUUUACCCGAAAACAACAUGUAACACAAUGUGACGUUAAGUGUAUAAAUAACCACAACAAACAUUCAGUGUGAUGGCAGUGUAAGAGCAAUGCAACAAUGACUUCGGACAGUUGAUAGUGACGGAGGAGGCAACAAGAUGAUGGGCCGGUACGACGGGCGGCUGCUCUCGAUUGUCUUCAGUACUUUGCUGCUGGGACGAGCCAUUGCAGCCCGUGGACACACAGAAGUGCGUGUAGAACUCCAGAUGGAGCGCUGGGCGGCGCGCGGCGGCUCGGUGAGACUGCGCUGCGUGCACGACGUACCGCCGCACCUGCUGGACAAGGUGGUCUUCCUCCGACACGGCACCAAGAUAUUUCAAUACAUAAGGGACCGAAAACCGCCUUACAGAAACUUCACUACACCUGGAGCUGUGCUUAAAAUAGCACUAGCGACGGAGAACUCCAUAAUCCUUCAGAACUUGGACUUCGCGGCCAGCGGCAGCUACUCCUGCGAAGUGUCACUUGACACUCCAAUCUACACGAAGGCGUCGAGCGAGAAACAACUUACAGUUUUCCAUCCGCAAAAACACCAUCCACGUAUCGACUUCCCCACUCGGUACCUAAGUUUCGGCGAAACGUUGAAAACUAACUGCACGACCGCGCCUGCGCUACCUGCCCCUCACAUCACAUGGUUUAUAAAUGGGAAAAAGAUGGACGAACUGGUAGCCCACUCGCACAAGUUCCGCGUUCCCAUGAGUGAGCGCAACGGACGAAGAGGUCUGCAGAGAGUCCUCGAGCAAGAGUCGCUCCUCAGCACUGACACACCCAUCCUGGCGCUCACUCACGUGUCCCAUGUCGCGACCAGGCCGCCUGGGUGCAUGCUCAAGGAGGCUUUGUAUCAGGCAGAAUCACUAUCGGAUCUCGAAGAAGCAAACCUGGUACAGGGAGUCAGCCGGCACAGAAGCCGGAGACCGAACAGAGGGCGCGAGCUUUACGUCACAAUAUCGGAGCUGCAGCUGGUGGCGACAGGCAGACUCGAGGUGACUUGUGUCAGCACAAUACCUGAGUUCCGGAGCAUUGAAGAUAAGUUCGCGGACGUCAGAAACGAUACAGUUAUAGUGGACGUCAUAAGGCCAUCAGUAUACGCGGAGCCUUCAAUAAAUGACACCAUAACUGGAUCGAGCACGUCGAGAGGCAGCAUAGUUAUAUCACAUUUAAUUUUAAACUUUAUAAUUAUUUACUUACACAUAGUUUGAUAGCAGGUUAUGCCAUAUUUUUUAUUCAACGGGGCUGUGAUAAUAAAAUCUUUACACAAUCUCCAUAGGGAUCUUAUAAAGUGAUGCGUGUUGAGUGCGGAUUAGGUACGCGUAUUCACGUUCCUAGAAUAUUAUUAGAGUCAGAGUCUGGAUGGACCUUUGUGAUUUUAUAAUAGCUGUACGCUUUUGAGCCAGUGGCGUAGCUUGCCUUGGAGGGGCCCUCUAUCAAAAUUAGUUCGGGGGCCCUAAAUGAAGGGUAAAGAUUUAAAAAAUAAAGAUGUCUAAAGAACCUAUGAAUAUACUGGAAUUCAUAGGUUGGACCUGCAUUUAUAAUUUUGGCUAUCACACGUAAGGUGCCCCUGUAGUCCAGGUGCCCCGUAUCAUUGAUACGGCUGAUAUGACGGUAGCUACACCCCUGCCACGCUCCUAGAGGUAAUCACGGUAGAUGACUAUUUGCUAGCGUCUGUCAAAUGAUUAUCUCGUAGAAAAUAUAAAAAAAUAUUUGUACGAUUGAGAAACUGGACGAUUAAAACCUGCUACCUCACCUCGUACUUACUUUUGCUGACAAACUUAUAGCCUUUAGAAAAUGAGAAAUGUUUGACUAUGACAGUCUCAUAGAAUAAUAGAAAUACAGUACCUACAGUGUAAUGUAUUCUGGGAAGAUAUUUUGGCUUCGGAUGUAAAGGUUAGCUAAAGCGUUACUAAAGCUAAGUACUAGUCUUCCAUGUUCUGUGGUUUGACUAAAUACACGUGUUUAUCAGUGGCGUAGCAUGCCUUGGCCUUAGAGGGGCCCUAUAACAAAUUUGUUGGGACCAAAUGAAGGGUAAAUAUGAUUUCUCAUAAAAGAAACACAUUUGUAUUUCUUUUGUUUGUGCUUGCAUUAAAUAAAAAUAAAUAUUUAUUUAUUGUUAACAUCACUUCAUCCCGGAAAUCCUGCUAGCCAAACAAUUCAAAUUACAUAGGUAUACACUUUUCUGGCCUUUCGGUCGUCUUCGGCAAGUUGGUUUAAUAAAUCAACUAUAGCAAAAAACGAUUUCAGUUAGAUAUUCUAAAAUUUCUGCCUCUAAUAUGACAAUAGUGACGAGUCUGAUAGCCGUUCCUGUUAUUACUGAGACGGGCAGCGUGACGUCAGGAAUGUGUAUUCAGCAAUGAAAAUCUUCGUAUAGUUCCAACAAAGUGUAUUAUCACCAAGAAAGAUCGCGCUCGACUGGCGACCAGACGACAAAAUAAUUACCGACUAUGACUCAAACAGUUUUACAAUUCAAAAUGGUUUCUGUAUCUUACAACUACUUUUUAAUUAUAUAGAUUUACGACUUAGUCUAACAUUAUGAAAUUAAUAUCAUUAUAAUAUUUAAAUUUAUUAUAAAAUGUGAAUAGUUUAAUCUGAGUUUAAAUAAUUAAUAAUAAAGCUAAAGAUGGAAUCUUUAGGUUUAGUCAAAUCAGUAUCUUAGAAACGAAAAACUGUAAUCAUGACAUUGAAGAAUUAUUAUCAGCAAAUAACAGACAAUGUUUAUAAUAAUGUAUAGAUAGUUUAGUAUAUAUAUAUAUAUAUAUAUAUAUUUAUAUAGUCUGUUAGAUGGAACUCGUAGGCCCUCGUAACACUGUCUCAUAGAAAUCCUUAGCACCCCUCUCUAUCUAUACUAAUAAUUUAAAGAGGAAAACUUUGUUUGUAUGUUUGUUUGUAAUGAAUAGGCUCAAAAACUACUGGACCGAUUUUAAAAAUUCUUUCACCAUUCGAAAGCUACAUUAUCCACAAGUAACAUAGGCUAAAUUUUAUUUAGGAAAAAAAUAGGGUUCCGUAGGAUAUUUGGGUUUUUUGGACACAAGGUGUAAAAAAUCAACCAGAAAAGUUACUUAUUUUGCGUACGCUGCCAAAACUAUAAAAGAUAGAACCAUAAAAUGUUCUACUUAAUUGUAGAUUUUAUAAAUAUCUACAAAAAAGUCCGGGACACACUAUACCUAUCUAUGUCGAGUGAGGCACAACAACCAUUCUUUAAUUUAAAAAUAGGGUAGGGUAUG